AUGUUGUUUUGGAAUGUUAGGGGCAUCAACAAACUCAAUAAGCAAAAUGAAGUCAAGAAAUUGAUUUCUCAUCAGAAAAUUGGGUUUGUUGGGCUCCUAGAAACAAAGGUUAAGGCUCAUAGAAUGGGAGCCUUAUACCUGAAUAUGUUUCAAGGGUGGUGUUUUACUUCUAAUAUUGCUCAUCACCCUAAUGGGGGGAUCAUUAUAGCUUGGAAUUCGAAUAGCUUUGAGGUCGAUAUAAGAGGAGGAUCUAGUCAAUGUAUUCAUUGUUGGAUUAGGCUGAAAAGAGGAGAUCAAUUUGUUGUUACAGUUGUUUAUGCUUUGAAUGAGAAUAAUGGUAGGCAACAACUUUGGAAUGAUCUUGGGGCCAUGGCUCAAGACAAUAAGCUUCUGUGGCUUGUUUGUGGAGAUUUUAACACUGUUUUGAAUACUGCAGAAAGAUUUGAGUAUCACGGCAAUGGCACUAAAAUGGUGCCUUUUCAGAUUGUGGUCUUGAAGAUGUUAAAAAAGUUCCCUACAGCAGAAGUUACUUUCCUCCCUAAAGGUGUUUUUGAUCAUACUCUAGCCAUUCUCUCAAUAUAUCCAAAUUUUCAAGAUACAAAGAAGCCUUUCCGAUAUUUCAAUUAUUGGAGUUCCUUGAAGACUUUCUCUGGUAUUGUCCAAUCUGGUUGGCAGGAAAAUGUAGAAGGCUUCCCAAUGUAUAAACUAGUUAGUAAACUCAGACAUCUCAAACGUGGACUCAAAGGCUUAAAACAGCAAGGCGUUGGUGACAUUAGUGUUCAGGAUAGUGAAGCUUAUAAAACUCUAAUUGCUAUUCAGUUGGCUUUGAGGGAGCAACUUGGUAAUGGAGAUUUAAUAACUCGGGAAAUUCAAGCCAGAAAACGCUAUGCUGAGAUUCACAAGAAUUAUCUGAUUUUUCUGAGACAAAAAGCUAAGAUCACCUAG